GGUCAUGUCACAGUUGCUUUUUUCUGCCAAACAAUACUGAGAAAUUUGAUUUAGUAGCCAAUUAUUUUCAUUCCUUACAAAUAAAUCAAUACAGAUUCAUUAGAACCUUAAUUAAAUCGUAGCUAGUCAUUUUGAUAAUGUUAUAAUUAGUGUACUCAUGGCUUCCAAUGUGCACGAUUCACCUGUUCAGCAGACAUUUGUGGAGGAGAUUGAUUACAGUGAAAUACAGGAAUUAUCGGUAGUUGGCAAAGGCGCUUUUGGAGUAGUUUGGAAAGGACUAUGGCGGGACACGUUUGUGGCGGUAAAACAUAUAAAUUCUGAAGCUGAGAAACGAGAGUUUGCCAUAGAAGUUCGUCAGCUCUCUCGAGUUAGCCAUCCUAACAUUGUGAGACUGUAUGGGGCAUGCACAAAAGGUGCUCAUGUGUGCCUUGUUAUGGAAUAUGCUGAAGGAGGCUCAUUAUACAAUGUUCUACACAAUCGCCCCAAACCCAAAUAUACAGCAGCUCAUGCUAUGAGCUGGGCAAGGCAAUGUGCUGAGGGUGUAGCUUAUCUCCAUGCAAUGAAACCAAAACCGUUGAUACACAGAGACUUAAAACCACCAAACCUGUUAUUAGUAUCAGGUGGGCAGCGUCUAAAAAUAUGUGACUUUGGAACAGCAGCCGAUAAAGCUACAUAUAUGACUAAUAACAAAGGCAGUGCUGCAUGGAUGGCUCCAGAGGUUUUCGAAGGUUCAACAUAUACUGAAAAGUGUGAUGUAUUUUCAUGGGGCAUUAUAUUAUGGGAGGUGUUAUCUAGAAGGAAACCCUUUGAAGAAGGUGGUUCAGCUUUUAGGAUAAUGUGGGCUGUGCAUACAGGUCGUAGGCCGGAUCUUAUUGACGGUUGUCCAGAACCAAUUGAGCAACUUAUGACCCAAUGUUGGCACCAAAUGCCUGCAAAGAGGCCGAGCAUGGCAGAUGUCGUCGAAAUAAUGACUGCACUAUGCGAGUUCUUCCCCGGCGCAGACACUCCUAUAGACUACGACGAUUGUGAAGACGAUGACACGUCGUGCUCAGAGGACGAGUACAUGCUGACUGAUACACACGACGACCUCGUGGACACCGACGACCACGUGCUCUCCCACCUCCACGUGCCCAUUGCCCCCACCACUGCCUCUAUUGCCACCAACCCCACUAACACCAAUCCCACGGUCGUGUUACGACCACACUCCCCUGACGUACCCAGACCAAGGAGUAUAGUCGAGACCCAAGUGAAUAAACUGCAAAACUUAAUGGCGGCCGGUGCUCAAACUAAAACGGCCGCGCUUACCCGGGAGGAAGUCGAAGCGUUCAACAGAAUUGGCCCUAUCAGAAUCCCUCAGCAAUUCAAAAAGAUAGACUCUGAAGCGGGACGAUCCGCCGUGCCGUUAAACCGGACCACCGGAUCUCCCGGAACCGAAAGACUUCUGCCGGGCGAAGGGAGCACGCCUCAAGACACUUUGCGAGUGAUCCGAAGUCCGGUAAUAUUUAGUGAGAGUUCAUCUCCACGGAGACUAUCCCCGAUAGUCAACUACAAUAUCGGCAACAUGAACCCGAGGCAUAUCGAUAUAGAGCAAUUUUGGAACAGAGAAAACGAUAAACUGUUGCCGCGAAGCCCUUCAGUGAACAGCAAUUCUAACUCGUCGAGAAAAGAAGACUACAAUCAGAACUAUUGUGAUCGAUUGAGCGCAGCCAACAGCCCGAUGACUCCGUUGAAUGAAUACAAUGGAAAUAUGCCCCGAUCCGUCGAUCCCAGAUACCAUAUGCCUCUACAAAUAGAAGUGGACCCGAAUGCCUGGGAAAACGAAUAUGAUGAUUAUGUUGGAGUCCAAAAUACCAUAGGGUUUGACAAAUUCCUCAUGUUGGGUAACAGUAGCGGUUCGGCCGCUGGCGAGGGAGCCGCAGCGCCGCCCGCGGAUCCCGACCCCGCCCUGGACUCGAUGCACCUAAUGCUGGACCCACACUUACGGCCUAUAUCGCCGGAUCCAAACAAUGAAGAAUCUAAACGGAUCUACGAGGAACACAAACAGCUAGCGCCGGAAUAUCUUAAGGUUCAGACAGAAACAGCAUACCUCAGUAAACACAAAUCAGAAUUAGAAGAUCAAAUGGAUGAAGAAGAAUUACGGCAGAAAAGAGAGAUCAUACAAUUAGAAAAAGAAAAGGACUCGUUGAUAAAACUAUACUUCAGUUUAAAGAAUCAACUAGCGAAAGCAGAGAAUGACCGUUGGCUACCAGACGAUAUGCGACAAGAGUGACAUCGUAGCAGCACAUGUUUCAGUUUGGUAUAUAUCGUCUAUAGUGGACUUAAGGGCGUUGGAUUUUAAACAACUUCAAUCUGAUGCCGAUUUAAGCCGAAGUUAUUGUAGCACAGUUUAUGAUAGCCAAAAGUCAUCGUCGGCGUAUCUCUCUUCGAAAUGUUUUAAGGGUUGCGUGACUCCAGAAGAACGAUGACCAAUUUAUAUGCCCCAAAGCUUAGUCUUACAGCCGGUUUCCGAGUUUAAAAAAUUACAAUAUUACAAAUUAUUUUUCUCAAUAAUUAUUUUACGUUUCACAUGGCAUAAAGUCCUAGUUUUUUUCAUACUUUGAAUUGGUCUGCUUAACUUUAAAUUCUCAAUUCAGAAAUCGGGUGUAAAAAUUCAUAAAGUUACUAUCUUCCUAUAAGAAGUUCAUGUUUUGGGUUGUUGCUUUGUUGUAUAUUUUAGGCAUGAUCAAAAUGACCAAAUAAUUAUAGCGUGUAUUUAUAUUGGAGCAGUUUACAAAUCGUGACAUUCUUAUUUAAAGCAAUAUAAACGAGUUUUCCGUCUGAAAUUUAUUGUUGAAAGAUUAUGAACCCGUUCAUUGUGUAAUCACGACUUUGAAUAAUUUUCAAUCGAUGUACUCUUACCGGUUGUAUAUAAUAAAAUCCAUGGGUAUAAACCAAUCAAAGUCGCGCCUCAUUUCAUAUAUCUAGUCCAUGAUAUAAUGUAGUCACGCCAAAGAAGACCAUAUUAGCACCUUCAGUCUUCGCACCAUUGAUCUCAAUACACCUAACGAGCCUUCAUAAUAUUGAGUACAGUUUUAGUUGUAAAUAUGUACGACAUACCUGAAUAAUACUGGGUUUACAUUAAGUUUGUCCCACUCCACCCUACAUGUAUCCGUUUCAUAUAUAUGUGAGUGAUUAAAUAAACUCGAUAUGUAUACCAAGCAAAUAUAUAAAACCGAGUAAUAUUCGGCCCGCGGCACCACGCGGCACGGGCUAAAUAUAAUCGUCACUUUAUAAUUUAACUAUAAAUGGAAUUUGUUAUGUAAAAAAAUCAUUCUAAUUACUAUGAGAAAUCCAUCUAAUUUUUAAUCGUUUUAUACAUCAAAUUAUUUAAUUGUACAUAACGACAGAACGUGUUAUUAACUGCAUAAUCAGGUUUUGGUUCUUUUAUUGCAUGUUGUUAAUCGAUUAUUAUUAUUGAUAAAUUAAUGAUAACUUAUUAUAUUUGAUCAAUUUUGCAUUCACAAUGUCAUGUUGGAACUACUUAAAUAUACACCCCGUCCCUGGCACUGAGAUAUUUCUUUCGACUGUUCGGGUGGAUUGUCUUAACAUUUAUGAAAAUGCGCUCAGUAGUAACGAAAAGUGAAAGUGUUUGAAAAGUUCGUCAGUCCUGUUGGUCCUGGGUAGCUCAGUGGUUAGAGCAGUCGCCCGGAUUACGAAAGGUCGUGGUUUCGAGUCCUAUCUCAGAGUGCCGGGGACGGGGUAGAUUUUUUUAUGCAUUUUUCAUUAAAAAAAAUAUUUUAACUUGAUAUAUUUAUCAAGCUGUCGUGCCUUUGUUUGUUAUAUAUUUUUAUCUUAGAAGUAUUCCAUAAUGAAACGUACAGACGCGCGUUAUCUAAAAAUAUCUCUAAGAUUUAUAUUUGUUACAAGUUAAAUAUUAUUUGUUAAAAAAAAAUUGCCGCAAUUUAAUAUUAUGAUAAUCUGCGCGUCUACCGCAUGUAUGUACAGUCAACAGCAGGUAGAUUACGCAAAACUCAAAUUUCUCCACUUUAUUUUAAUCCUCAAUACAUUGAAGGUAGGGUUGGAAUUCUACUAUGGAAAUAUGACAUUGUGGUAGCCUGACGUGCAACCGUGUGUACACCGGUCCUAUUAUUAGUUGACAUACAAUUUUCUAUAUUUAUUAUUAAUAUUAUUGAUGUAUAUAAUUCAGUAAUUUAUAACAUGUACAUUUUCAUUGUGCAUUGCAAAAUCAUCAAAAUUGCGACAAUUACUAUAAAUUAAUUUUAUAGAAUGCCAAAAUUAUAUAACAUGUGAUAAUAUCGGAAUAAGAGAUUGUAUAUAAUCAUAAUUAUAUUCGUAAGUCAUUCACACUCCUCGAGUUUCAUUAUUUUAAUAGUGAUGAGCACGUUUUAGUGCUUGAUGUUGGGUAUUUUUAAAUAAGUGUCAAUUAUUUUGUAGUUUGAGUGUCACUUAUUUCGUGUGAAUGUAUUUUAUUGUAUAAAUUUAGGCAUUAGUGAACAACAUUAUAUAAUUUUAAGUUUAAAAGUUAAGUUUAAUAAAUAUUUUAAAACCUU